AUGAGAUCAAACCCAGUUACAGCAGUGGCUACAGCGCUUUGUACUGGUGCCUAUUUAUGGUUUGGUGGUAGGAUCUCAGUAGCGCUAGCUAUACUAGUGUCCUAUGGGAUUUGGCAUGAGGAAUCCCAUAAAGUAGUUGAGGAAAAACCUCAGUUACCAUUAGACGGUGCUGAAGAAAAGACGAAAAAAAAACAUACCUGUUGUGGUGGUAAAGGCGGUAGUGGUUGUUGCUCAUCGAAAAAUGGCGACGGCGGCAGUGCUCAUGCAUGUCGAUGUGGAUCAAAAAAGAAUAAGGCAGUAGAGGAGCAGAAAAAGGAUACUGAUUCUUAUCCUGUGGCAGUUGAUUUUACGCAAGCGUUCAAACCAGAAAAGAAGAAAAAGUCUAGACAACCAAAAGUAUUCUCAAAAUCCAUGCCCGCUAAAAAGCAAAAUGAAGCACCAAAACAGGACAAUCUGGUCAAAAGUGCUAUGACUGUUUCUAAUGAGACUUUGCUCAAUUCACAAAUUUACAUCUUUUACUGCACUUUACAAGGUGCAGCCGAAAGAUGUGCUAACAAAGUGAUGGCAAAGCUUUGUACCAUGAAAGAGUUGAAACACAGGCCUAUUUUGUUAAAUUUGGAUGACCUAAGUGAUAUCGAUGAUUAUUUUGUUAACGUCCCUUGUGAUAAUGCACUAUACUUGAUGGUUUUACCUUCAUACGACACUGACUGCCCACUAGAUUUCUUUUUACAGACGCUAGAAGAGAACUUUCACGACUUUAGAGUUGACAGGUUCCCCUUGAAGAAAUUAGUUGGUUAUUCCAUUUUGGGUAUUGGUGAUUCCGAAUCAUGGCCAGAAAGGUUUUGUUAUCAAGCCAAAAAGGCAGACCACUGGAUAGCUCGUCUUGGUGGUAGAAGAGUGUUCCCUGUGGGAGAAGUUUGUAUGAAGUACGAUGGUGAAAAAAAGAUUGAAGAUUGGACAAAUCUUUUUGCUGAGACUUUGAAAGAUGAUGAACCUAUGCUUUACGAGUAUGACGAAUCCGUGGAGGAGGAGAACGAAAAUGCUGACGGGGGUGAAGAGAUGGUCGAUUUGGAAGAUAUUGGUAAUGCUGAUGGUAACAAUUCUACCGAAAUUAAACAAAUGGUCGCCAAGAAUAGUCCUACUUAUAAGACUUUAACAAAACAGGGUUAUUCCAUUGUAGGUUCGCACUCUGGUGUGAAAAUCUGCAGAUGGACGAAAAGCGAUCUAAGGGGUAGAGGAUCUUGUUAUAAGCAUUCUUUAUUCAAUAUUGUAUCCAGUAGAUGUAUGGAAUUGACACCAUCGUUAGCAUGUUCCUCCAAAUGUGUCUUUUGUUGGAGACAUGGGUCCAACCCAGUAUCCAAAAACUGGAGGUGGGAAGUCGACGAUCCAGAGUACAUCUUGGAAAAUGCUUUGACGAGUCAUUACUCCAAAAUCAAACAGAUGAGGGGUGUUCCAGGUGUGAAGGCAGAAAGAUUUGCGAAGGCCUUCCAAGUACGUCACUGUGCCCUUUCAUUAGUAGGUGAACCCAUCAUGUAUCCAUACAUUAGCAAAUUCAUCAGCCUUUUACACGCGAAAGGCAUCUCUAGUUUCCUAGUUUGCAACGCUCAACAUCCUGAAGCCCUAGCCAAAAUUUGCAAAGUCACCCAGUUGUACGUCUCCAUCGAUGCUUCGACAAAGAGUGAACUGAAGAAGAUCGAUAGACCAUUGUACAAAGAUUUUUGGGAAAGAUUGAUGCAAUGCUUGGAUAUUUUGAGUACCACUCAAUCACAUCAAAGAACUGUUUUUAGACUUACUUUAGUCAAAGGUUUCAAUAUGGCUGAAGUGAUGUCCUAUGCAGAUUUGGUGCAACGUGGUAAACCAUGCUUCAUUGAAAUCAAAGGUGCCACAUUUGCUGGUUCUUCAGAUGGGAAUGGGAAUCCAUUAACUAUGCAAAACAUUCCAUUUUAUGAAGAAAUCAAAGCCUUUGUCAGAAAUUUCGCUGCUGAAUUACAAAGACGUGGGUUGGGCUACGAUAUUUCAGCUGAACAUGCUCAUUCUAACUGUAUUUUGAUUGCUAAUACGAAAUUUAAGAUUGAUGGCGAGUGGUACACUCAUAUCGAUUUUGAUAGAUAUUUCGAGUUGUUAAACAGCGGUAAAGAUUUCCAACCAUUGGAUUAUAUAGCUAAAACACCGGAAUGGGCAUUAUUUGGUAAUGGUGGAUUUGUCCCAGGAGACACUAGGUUUUAUAGAAAGGGUAAGAAGAAGGGUCCUGAGCAGGCAGAACCUACUCCUAAACAAACUGUAGAAACUGCUGGAAGUAUCGAAAUUGCCUAA